AUGGCGCCGAAACGCAAGGCCUCCGCGAAGCAGGACAGCGAGCCGAAGAAGGCGGCGAAGACGAAGGCGGACGCGCCGCCGUCGGAGGGCGGCGUCGUCGUCGUCGAGGCCUGCAAGAGCUGAGGCGCGUUCAAGACCCGCGCGAACAAGGUCUUGAAGGCUUUGGAAGGCAAGGCGGAGGUGAAGAUCAACGAGGAGAAGCCGCGCAAGGGCGCCUUCGUCGUCUCCGUCGGCGACACAAAGGUCGUCGAGCUCCUCGACAUGAAGCGGCCGUUCCCGGCGCUGAAGGCGCUGGACAUGGACGACGUCGCCGCGGACGUCGAGAAGGCGCUGGCCGCG